AUGUACAAUUUCAGGCGUAAUGGACGAGAUAGACUAUGGAGAUGCAAGCAGAUAUGUCAACGACGCUUCCAUAGAAAUGGCUUGGGCCAUGAAGGUUCUUUCCAGGCUGCAGAACGAGCAAAUGUACAUAUGAAUCUUCUAAUGUGUUGUGAUACAAGAGUGUUGAGGCUUAACAAGCUUCAGGACGUUAUCCAUACAUCAUUCAGAAAUACUUUCCCCAGUCUUGAUGUGCACAAGGUCACUGAAGUCGAGCUCAAACAAGGUGGAAUGAAAGAAAAGUGGCAUGAUUUCUGUGAAAGUUUCAAAGAGGUUGUCGAAGAUUACUCACUGGGAACCCUCAUGCGGAUAGAGGCCUGCAAGGGUUAUAGCGAGGAGAACACGGUAGUCGUUCCAAAGAUGAGCUUCACUUUCGGUGCUAAACCGACUACUGGGACGUCGUCUCUUUUCGGUACACCUGCCACAACCACAUCAUCAAUAUUUGGUUCAUCUGCGACAAGCACGAGUACGACAUCUGCAUCGUCAAUUUUCGGUGGUUCGUCCACGACAGCACCGAUGUUUGGUGGAGGCGGUUCCUUGUUUGGCUCUUCCACAAGCAAUACUACUGCUGCUCCUUCGCUUUUCGGUGCGACAACUACAGCAUCCACGGCCGGUUCCUCUUUGUUUGGUACCAAGCCAGCUGGUUCAUCAAUGUUUGGCUCAGCUGCCACUACAGCUCCAAAUACUGGUUUCUUUGGUAGCACGACGAAUGGUCCUGUAACCAAUGCUCCGCUAUUUAAUGCCACGACAAGUGCAACAACGGCAAGCACAGGUCUUUUUGGAGCAUCUUCCAAUGCCACUACAACUGGAUCAUCCUUAUUUGGUUCGACAAGUGCACCCUCUACUGGACUGUUUGGUGCUCCUGCAACAAGCACUACUUCCACUGGGCUUUUUGGUUCCGCGAAGCCCACAUUUGGAUCCGCAGCUACUACCACUGCGACACCACUUUUUGGGUCAACCUCUAAUGCUGCACCAUCGACAGGUUUAUUUGGAACUCCUUCAACCACAACAGCUUCACUUUUGAGUGGAGCAACGACAACCACGUCAACAAAUCUGUUUGGUGCAGCUCCUGCUGCAACAACGACCACAUCACUAUUUGGAGCUCCCGCAAGUACCACUUCGACGCCAUUGUUUGGAGCCUCCACAGCUGCUAAGCCACCCACGACUGGAUCUCUAUUCGGUGCUGCUCCUGCUCCAUCAUCGUUUGGCGCAACAGCGGCCACUACUUCUGCUGGAACAUCGCUAUUCGGUUCACAGUCGUCUGCGGUGACGUCCACUCCAUCGCUGUUUGGCUCGACACCUGCAACCACUUCCGCAGCUCCAUCACUGUUUGGAAGUUCGACCACGACUGCUGCAGCUCCAUCACUGUUUGGAAGUUCGACCACGACCGCUGCAGCUGCACCGCUGUUUGGCUCUGCUACAACGACUAGUGCCACUCCGUCGUUCGGUCUAGCUGCUACGACAUCCAGCACCCCUUCGUUUUUUGGAUCAUCUGCUUCAACAACAACUAGCGCUGCUCCACUCAUGUUUGGUUCCUCGGCCACAACGACUGCUGCUGCUCAGCCAACUCCACUCUUCGGAACAUCGACUACAGCUACAACUUCUGCGGCACCAUCGCUCUUCGGUGCUACACCGUCAGCAACAACCGCUGCUGCGCCUUCUCUGUUUGGUGCCCCUGCUACUACAUCCACACCACUUUUUAGAUCAGUUGCCGCCACGACAUCCGCUCCAACAUCCCUUCUUGGGGCCACGACCACCUCAGCACCAUCAUUAUUCGGUUCUGCCGCUACAACUACCACCACCACUCAGCCAGCACCACUAUUUGGUGCUGCUCCUACUACCACAACAGCACCAGGUACGACCACAGCUCCCUCCACUACAACGUCGUUAUUUGGCGCCGCUCCAACCGCGUCAUCAGCUGCUCCCAGCCUUUUUGGAACAACAACCACAGCAUCUACGGGUCUGUUGGGUUCGCUAGCUCCGAAGACAACCGCUUCUGGUGGCCUAUUUGGGGCAGCAGCAAGUGCCACCAAAACGACAGCUGCUCCGUCACUAUUUGGAGCCGCAACAUCGUUAGGCGGCACCGCUCCAGCAACAACUACACCCUCACUCGGGCUCGGAGGAACUACACAAACAUCUGGUUUUGGCACAACUCCUGGUAUGGGUACUACCACGGCCGGCACUACAGCAGAAAAGGAAAACUUGCGUGAUGGCAUUGUGCCAAAACCUAUCCGCGAAGUGGCUAUACUGCUGAGGGAGAAAUUGAAGGAGAACAGAAAAUUAACUGAAGAAUUCACAGCAAAUUCAACUGAUUUAACCAUCAAAGUAAAAGAGUAUAUCAAGGAGGUUGAACACAAAAUGUGUGAGGUAUACAGUAAGACUUCGGAAUGCGAUGUGAAAUGUGCCCAACUCAGUAAACGCAUCACGAAGGAUUUACACUUGGGUGAUAUCGCUCAACGUAUUCAGGAGUCGGCCAGCAAAAACGUACACAUCAGCUCACAGGCGCAGAUUAUCGAAUACAUGGUAGAUAUCAUUCGAGAAUAUGAUGAGGCUGCCACUUGCUAUCAGAAUGCCAUUACUGAUAUCAGCGCAAGACUGGAUGCUGCCAUUAAUGGGAAGGCAUCAAUGACUGUCGCAGACUUGAGAGAGCUGUUGACACGUUUUGAUAUUGCAUUUACUCGAGUAGCCACCAGAUUAUUUGCUGCUGCUCGAAGAAUUCAGGAUGCCAAAUCGGUCAUGACCGCCGACGGGUCUUUGUAUAUACCUCGAGACACAAUAGGACGAAGAGCUGAUGGAUCACUGUCUUUCAACAAACUUCGUGGGAACGAUUUCGUUCCAUCCCAGUCGUCGAUUGCCGAGUUAGGAAAACAGCUGAAGCCAGCAGCAGCAACUGCGGCUCCUGCUGCUACUGGAACUGGCCUCUUUGGAUCGACGACCGGUGGAUCACUGUUUGGAUCGAGCACAACUGCUGCGAAACCAUUCUCCUUUGCAAGUACCUCAACAGCAGGCACAUCGUUAUUCCCUUCGCUUACCACAUCAGCGGCAGGUCCAUUGUUUUCGUCAUUGACGUCGACUUCAUCUACUGCUCCUAAGCCAGCUCUUAGUUUUGGAUCGACGAUUACGAAUAACUCGAGUGGUUUACUUUUCAGCAGUAAGAAAUAA